AUGGCGCCGAAUGCCUCAGCCUCAUCGCUGGAUGCAACCACGAAAGAUCCCCCGACGGUCGAUGUUGCCGUCACUGCUCCCGAUUCCGCCGACAAUGAACGCCAUAAAGCCGAAUACCGUACGGAGUUCCUCAGCUCCUUUACUAUUGAAGAGGAGCAAAAGAUCAUGCGCAAAGUUGACCUUCACAUUGUCGUUCUCGUGGGACUUAUCUACUCCAUCAAGCAGAUUGAUACGAAUAACGCAGCGUUGGUCAAGGUGAUGGCUAUUGGGAAGCCAACCAACAUAUUGAAUCAACUUGGGAUGACUUCUGAUCAGUACGCCUGGGUACAAACUGCUUACUACAUACCCUAUGUCCUCUUGGAGACUCCCACUAUCUUGCUCUUCAAGAAAAUGAGCCCCAGAUUGUUUCAGUCAAGGAUCAUUAUUACCUGGGGCAUUAUACUUGCGCUUCACGCUGCAGUCAGUACUAAGGAGGCUCUCUACGCGCUACGUGUCUUGAUCGGUAUUGCAGAGGCGGGUAUGUUCCCGGCAAUCAUGACCUUUUAUACCUGCUGGUACCGUGGCGAUGAGCUUGCAAGGCCGAUGAUCUGGGUACACUCUAUUGAUCAAUUCUCGAACAUUAUUGGGCAAUUGCUUGCCUACGGAAUGUCGUAUUUGGAUGGAAAGCAGGGUCUAAGUUCAUGGCAAUGGGUGUUCCUACUCGAAGGGGUAGCAACCGUGAUAUUCGGAAUCAUCGUCUACUUCUAUCACCCGGACUAUCCACGGUCGCCUCGAACAUCCAAGUGGUUGAGCCCUAGGGAGCAAGAAUUUGUAGAGCUCCGUCUCACUACGAAUGCGCCUCGGUUGUCAGACAAGCCCUUCUCUCUCCAGGAAACGCUAAUCACUCUCAAAGACCCUCGCCUUUGGUCGUUUACCUUCAUGAUGCUUUGCAUGUCGACCACUUCCUACGGCAUCGCGUGGUUCCUUCCCAAUAUUGUGACGAACCUCGGAUUUGUUACCGUUCCACGAAACUUACUACUCCUAUUACCCGGUUCUUUCUUAUCGAUGAUUCUUAUCAUCUCGAUACACUUUAUCUACAAGCGUGCCUUGGUUCCCCGGCCAUUAUUCUGUUUAACUAUCGUGGGUUGCGAGCUGUUGAGCUUCAUCAUAUUUCUAGCAACGCAGCAGAAAGCGGCGGUGUACGCAGCAUGUAUUCUGGGAAGCAUGUUCUCUCAUGCUUGGGGAACUUCAUAUUGGCCCUGGCGAUCUUCGAGCUUGAAAGGUACCACGGGAACUGCUGUAGCGUUCGGCAUCACGAAUUCCAUAGGCCAGCUUGGCGGUGUUAUCGGGCCCCAAAUCUUUCGCUCCCAGUGGGCUACGUCGGGAUACAAGGAAUCUUAUGGGAUCUGUGUCGGUGCUCUAGGCGGGGGGUUUCUCCUCGGUCUGCUUUGUUGGUACUUGACCUUUGAUUUGGAGACGCAGGUUCGACGAGUCAAAAAGGCACGCAACAAGGCUGCUCGUGAGGGCCGGGUUUAUGUUGACGACGAGGUCCGAGCCGCUUAA